AUGGGAAGCUUUCAUCGCCGGACUUUUUCAUACGAUAAACUUCCCCCCGAACCCAUUAGGCUCUCCGUUCUCAAACUAGAUGGCUCAUCCUUCGAUGUUAAUGUAACGAGCUCGGCAACCGUUAGAGAUCUCAAGCUAGCCAUAGAGACUGCCUUCAGCCACGUCCCGAAGAAGGGACCUUCCAAGAUCUCAUGGUCACACGUGUGGGGACAUUUCUGCUUGUGUUAUGGUGGUCAGAAGCUAGUCACCGAUACGGAGUGCAUCGGAAGUUAUGGCAUGAAGGACGGUGAUGAGGUAAGAUUCAAGAACCAUGUGUCCGGCAAUGCCAUAUUGAACAAGGGAUACUCUAGAAAAUCCAAACAAAAGAAUUUAGAGAGGGUAGGACCAAAAGAUGAAGCUGAGGAAGUGAAUAGAAUGGAGGAGAUUGAUCAAGACUCUUGGGAUGUUCUCGAGAAAGGAAGCUUGGUGAGAUACGAGGAUGGUGACAUGGAAGCUUCUCCAGGAGACAACAGGACUGGUCUAACCACUGUCCAUGGUUGCUGCUUUGCUUUUGGUCUGAAGGAGCUUCGUGGGUUUGGCAAUGACAAAAGCUAUUACUCUUUGAGAGAUACUUGGAGAGACGAUUGA